UCACAACAGACGUUUGCUCAUCGACAAAUUUGUUUGCUUUGUGCUUAGCUUUAAUAUCAGCAGGAAACUUAAUAUCAGUAGGAAACAUCAAUAGAAUAAGAACCAUCAAACAUCGACAUCAUGGCGUCGACAUCCUACAAGAACAAAACUGUAAAGUUGAUCAAAUGUUUUUGUGGAUGUUCUGAUAUGACAGUUGAGGAAGUGCAGCGCAUUUACACACUCACCAACGAUGUGCAUCAAACACUGCUGGACACGGAUGCCACCAGAUUACUGCAUCGCUAUUUGGAACAACAACGAGCGGGCGACAAGAAGGAGGUCGAACAGUUCCUAGAUAUUUAUGAAAAGUGCGCCGAAUAUUUGCAGGAAACGCAGAGAACUUUUGCCCAAGAUGAAAUUGAUGAAUUGAUUGACUUGGGUUUGCCUUACGAUCUGGAACAGGAUCUGACGCGGCGCACACUUAAUGGGCAACGUUCCGAGAUUAAUCUAGGACUUUAUCGCAUUCAGGGCAAGUGCCGCAAUGAGAUUGAAGCAAGCAGCGAUUUCAAGGACUUUCGCAACGCAAUUCUCGCUAAGAUGCGCCGAGUGCCUAAAUGA